GAAAAUAUGGCCAAACAGCUACUUAUUAUCAUUUCCAUUUUAACUAUCUUCCAUCCCAGUUUCUCUCUCGUGUUUUUUCCCUCAAAACUCCUCUUUCUAUUAAUGCUUCUUAUUGCUGCUCUUCCAACACAGCAAAAUCCAGACGUGACUCCCUCUCUCUCUCUCUCUCUCUCUCUCUCUCUCUUCUAUCUUCUUUCCCUUUGUAGAGAGAGAAACGAAUAAGGCAUACAUAAUUCACUGACGGAAAAAGUCGCCGGAGAUGCUCCGGUGUAUCCAUUUCCGGCUAUAAUUUAAGAAAACAACCACUUUCACUACAAGAACACCAUUUUCGAUACCAUUAAGGAAAAGGGUGAAAUGCCUGAAACCUUGUUAUUGUCGAACCAGAUUCCUGAAAUAGCUACCAGAAGGAAGGAGAAUACUAAGGAAGUCGAUGAGGAGGAAAAAGAGAAAGUUCUAGAAACCACCACUACUACUACUACUACGACAACACCUAGGUCCGUAAUCAUCAUUCCUCGGAGCAAAUCGCAAGCAAUAUCACGGAGAGUCAUUCCGACAGAUGGUACAAUCUGUACAGCAUCAGGUACAACUAGUACUAGCUCAAACGCCGGCGUAGUUGAAAAGCACCUUCCAAAUGGAGAUCUGUAUAUAGGUAGCUUCUCCGGCAGUUCACCUCAUGGAUCCGGCAAGUAUUUAUGGAAAGAUGGGUGUAUGUAUGAAGGAGAGUGGAAGAGAGGUAAAGCAUCUGGAAAGGGUAAGUUUUCCUGGCCAUCUGGAGCUACAUUCGAAGGCGAAUUCAAGUCGGGUCGUAUGGAAGGUUCGGGUACUUUUAUCGGAUCCGAUGGGGAUAUGUAUAAGGGUUUAUGGUCCGCUGAUCGGAAACAUGGAUACGGGCAGAAACAUUACAGUAAUGGUGAUUACUAUGAAGGACACUGGAAGAGGAAUUUACAAGAUGGACAAGGAAGAUAUGCUUGGAAGAAUGGAAAUGAGUAUGUUGGUGAAUGGAAAAAUGGGGAUAUACAUGGUAGAGGUGUUUUAAUUUGGGCAAAUGGAAAUAGGUAUGAUGGAAAUUGGGAAAGUGGUGGACCUAAAGGCCAUGGAGUUUUCACUUGGCCUGAUGGGAGUUGCUAUAUUGGGUGUUGGAGUAAAGAUAGUAAGAAUCAGCAACACAGUAACCAAAUUCUUAAUGGUACUUUUUAUCCAGCAAACAGUAGAACUAAGAAAGAAAAUGUUGAUUUCAGUGCUAAAGAAGAUGUAUUGGGGGGAUUUUUUGGACACAAGUUAGCAGCACCGUUAAUGGCUGAUGAAGAUUGUGGGUUGGUAGUGAUGAAUAUGGGGAAGAAGAGGUCAUCAGUGGAUGGAUCAAGGGGAAGCAUGACGGAAAGAAAUUUUCCGAGGAUUUGCAUUUGGGAGUCGGAUGGCGAAGCCGGUGACAUUACUUGUGAUAUUAUUGAUAAUGUAGAGGCAUCCAUGAUAUACAGGGAUGGAUUUGGGUUUGGUCUAGAUGGGCUAAAGCAGUUUAGGAGAAAUCCUUGUUGUUUUAGCAAAGAAGAAAAGAAACCUGGACAGACUAUAUCUAAAGGGCAUAAGAAUUACGAUUUGAUGCUCAAUCUCCAGUUGGGGAUUAGGUACUCAGUUGGGAAGCAUGCUUCUAUAGUGCGGGAUCUUAAACAGAGUGAUUUUGAUCCAAACGAGAAGUUCUGGACCAGGUUUUCACCCGAAGGAUCCAAGAUUACGCCCCCUCAUCAAUCUACUGAUUUCCGUUGGAAGGAUUAUUGCCCGGUGGUGUUUAGACAUUUGAGGGGACUAUUCCAAGUGGAUCCUGCGGAUUACAUGUUGGCUAUUUGUGGAAAUGAUGCCUUGAGAGAGCUUUCUUCUCCCGGGAAGAGUGGAAGCUUCUUUUAUUUGACCCAGGACGAUAGAUUUAUGAUCAAAACUGUGAAAAAAUCUGAAGUCAAGGUGCUUAUUAAGAUGCUUCCAAGUUACUAUCAACAUGUUUGUCGUUAUGAAAAUACCCUUGUCACAAAAUUCUACGGUGUCCAUUGCGUUAAACCAGUUGGUGGUGUCAAGACGCGGUUCAUUGUGAUGGGCAACAUGUUCUGCUCAGAAUAUCGUAUUCACAGACGGUUUGACCUGAAAGGUUCCUCACAUGGCCGCACAACGGAUAAACCUGAAGGAGAAAUUGAUGAAACAACCACCCUUAAGGACCUUGAUCUUAACUUUGUGUUCCGUCUCCAGCGGAACUGGUACGACGAACUGAUCAAACAAAUUGAUCGUGAUUGUGAAUUUCUAGAAGCUGAGCGAAUCAUGGAUUAUAGUCUCUUGGUUGGUCUUCACUUCCGAGAUAACAAUACGGGUGACAAGAUGGGUUUAUCACCAUUCCUCUUGCGUACUGGAAAGAAUGAUUCCUACCAAAAUGAGAAGUUCAUGCGUGGUUGUCGUUUCCUUGAAGCUGAGCUACAAGACAUGGAUAGGAUUCUUGCUGGCCGGAAGCCCUUGAUUCAGUUGGGUGCUAACAUGCCUGCAAGAGCUGAGCGGGUGGCCCGAAGGAGUGAUUUUGAUCAGUAUACUCCCGGUGGUAUCUGUAAUUUGCCCCCUUCCCGAGGGGAAGUCUAUGAAGUAGUCCUAUACUUUGGGGUCAUUGACAUUCUGCAGGAUUAUGAUAUUAGUAAGAAGCUUGAGCAUGCUUACAAGUCCUUGCAAGCUGACCCCACUUCUAUCUCAGCUGUUGAUCCAAAACUGUAUUCGAAGAGGUUUCGGAAUUUCAUAGGCAGAAUUUUUGUUGAAGACAGGUGAUAAGAGCAAGAGAACGAAUAACUCAAACAGCAAACGAAUAGGCUGUUAGGCUGUUGAGUGAUAGAGAUUCUUCAUUGAAUCUGGAAUCCCAAGUGGUAAAGCACAAUGCUUGGAAUGAGCGGCAGCAGCAUCCGGUCAUCGUAAUUGAAGAAAUAUUUUGGAUCUGGCGGUCCACGGUCGAAGACAUUUGGCUCGGAUGUAUAAUUCAUGCUUGCUUGGGGUUUUGUUAGUGGCUGAAUUUUAUGUAUCAGCCACUGGUUGAGGGUAAGUUUUGUGUAUAUUCCAUGGGGGUGGAGGAAGGUGGGGGGAAUAUUUGGGUUCAAUGAGUUAUUUUUGUGUUCUUAGUUUUCAGGUAACUUUUUUUUGAGCAUAGGGAACUGAGCUAGUUGCUCUGUUCAAUUCAAAAAAGAUUGGAGUGGGGGAGGAAAGGACUUCGAAUAAUCAAAGUGUACAGCAUAUAGGAUAACGAGGUUGAAUAUAUUUAUGGAAAAUAUAUAGUACUAUAUUAUAUAA